UUUUUUUUUUUCAUUUUUCACUUUUUGUUAUUAUCUUUGUUACUUUUUGUAUUGAAUACAUAAUAGAUAAACCCAUAAAAUAGUGCGAAAAAUGCUUGACUAUCACAAUAAUGAAGCUAGAAUUUGGAUAUUAUUUGUUUCCUGAAUUCUCUUAGCAUCAGUUAGCAUAGUAUGGUGUCAUUGUGUGGUAUGUUUAUUCCAUUGCUGGAAGCCUGGAAUCACUCCAAGAUGUUUGAUGAAAGGCCUGCUUUAGAAACAUGGCCUAGAGAAGGGUAGGAUGAGAAAAGAGAGUCACUCAACUAGAAUGUCAGUUGAAUUGAGAAACCAUAGCAACCAACAAGAGCUUACUAGAUUCAUGAUGCUAACUUGGCAUUUGGAAAAUGAUUGUUGAAUCAUUUGUACUGAUGCGCUGUACCAGAAGUCCACUGAGCUUUUGAUCCGAAAACUGCGGUUCCAGUAACUGGUUAGCUAAAUCGCGCAGGAUUUCAAGACCGAUCUUAGGUUCCAGAGAACCUUUGCAAUAUUAAGCUGGGAGGCUAGGAGGAUUUGUGGCAAGAGGGCUUAAGCUGAAGUUUGAUAAUCUGGUUUGUUUUAGUUUCUGUUGAGUAGAAGUCUGUUCUGUUUUGUGUUUGCUUACUAUGCUGCUUUUCCUGGUAUGUGGUAUUAGAAUGGUGUAAAUCCUAGGGUUCCUGCAGUAUUGUUGAAAGAGAUGCAGUCACUGUGUUUGUGAAACUUCAAUUUAACUUAGUCUAUGAAAUUUAUCCUUCAUUUUGUUCAAGUUUUCUGUCAUCUGAAAGCAAAUAGCAAUUUGAGAUUGAUAGCCAUAACAUGAUUAUCUGAAUGAGAUCUUUAUAAGUUUUGCUAGCUAAAGAUUGAUAUGCCGUCAAAAACCAGCUAAAAAUGUUUUCAUGGGUUAAUAAUGCAUAAGGAUCCAACAAAAAAGGGGCAUUAAUUUGUUAGGUGCCCUGAGGCCUGAGCCCUAGCCUAACAACAUACCAUUGCAGGAAAAGGAAAACUAAAUACUAGUGUUCAUAAGAAAGGGAAAACAAAAUAUUUGUGUACAUAGGAAAAGGAAAACUAAAUAAGAAUCAUAAUGGAAAAAGAAUAAGCUGCAUAGAAGUACCCUUCUUUACUUCCCGGCACUGAAGGUUGAUGACACACAACCCACACUGAAUGACAUAAGAAUUGGUGCAUAUAGGUUCUAUUUCAAGGAUUAUUGCCAGUGUCUUAUAUCUGCAAAUUAUUCAUAAUUUAACCAUAUUUCUCUUCCAUGAAUAGAUUACAUAAACGAGAGGGGCACAUUUGAACUUCAUAAUGUCUCUGCUGUUUAUAAAUUUGAAUUAUAAUUUUUUUUAAUUAUUUAAUUUAAUUGUUAGGAUGAUAUUGCCUUUGAAGAUUUUUUUGUUUUUUUUGUUUUCUUUCUUGCUUCAGUGCAUUUGAUCUAAUGGCCAACAUUUUGUUUCUUCUUAUCAUUAUUUGAAUAAAAAACUACUUAGCCGUUGGAUUCCAGAUCGAUCUGGUGCAAUCAACUUUAUUAAUGCAUCAUUAUUCAAUUUAAGAAUGACUUUUGCAUUUGAUAAAUCAACUGCAUUAAAUAUUUUUGUAGUAUUUUUGAAUUAAGAAUGACUUUGUACUUUGGCAUUUGAUUCCAUCUUAGUGUAAUGUGCUUCUGUAAUUGAGUUGUAUACCACUAAACCCUGAGCUGAAAUGGCUUCUUGUGUGCCUAGAUGGCUAUAUUAUUCUUUGUAUUAUUUAUUCUGCAACACUAUUUAGUCUAUGUUAUUGAGCUUGUCUUUUAUAUAGAAUGGUGUCAGAAUCAAUGAAAUUUCUUACAGCUUUCCAAUACAUCAAGAAUGACUCAGCAUCAACAUUCCAAAACUACUUGAUAUAUAGGACAAACCUUGAGUGGGACUGGGAGUAUUUUCAAUGUCCAUGCUGAAAAUGACCUAGACCAAAUCAUUUGUCUCACGAGACCAUGGACCCUAAGAAUUUUCCUGGAAAUUCAUAUGUUUUUCAUUGAUGGGAUUUCACUCAGGCUCUGAAUGCUCACAGCCGUCACAGGAGACUUGCAAAAGGUGUUGCUCUUAUAAAUGGAGGGCCUGCGUCUUUCAGGUUAUGCACAAUUAUACAAUUACAGUCUUGAAAAUACAGAACAUAUGGCAGAGUGUGCUGUUGUUUUUGUGCUCGACAAGAUAACAGUCUUGUUAGAGGCAAAAGUGGUAAUGCUGCAUGGGCUCAAGCAUGAAAUUGAAUACAUCAAGGAUGAGCUAGAAAGGGUGAUAGCUUUCCUCGGAGUUGCUGAUACAGUGGAAGAUGGUGAUGCAGAGAUCAAGGUCUGGGUUAAGCAAGUCAGAGAUGUUGCAUAUGACAUUGAAGAUGCCAUCGAUGAGUUCAUGCUCCUACCAGCUGGGCAUCAGUCCAGUAUAUUCUGUGGCUUCCUGUGGAGAUUCUUUUUCUCCAUUAGGAACUUGAAACCACGGCGAAAGAUCGCUUAUGAAAUCCAAGGCAUCAAGUCCAGGGUGCGCAGCAUUGCAGAAGGACAUCACAGGUAUCGUUACAGAUAUAAUGUCCCGGAACAAGUCUCGAGUACUAGUCAUGCUUACGAGAUAGCAAAUGACCGUAGAAGUGAUGCACUUCUAUUGGAAGAAGAUGAGAUUGUGGGAAUUGAAAGCCCCAGAAAAGAGCUAAUUAGCUUGCUUCUGAAGGAGGAUCCUACACUCAAAGUGAUUUCUGUAGUCGGAAUGGGUGGUUCUGGCAAAACCACUCUGGUGAAAAAAGUAUAUGAUGAUGCAGCAGUAAAGAAACAUUUCCAGAGUCAUGCCUGGAUAACAGUUUCUCAGACAUUCAAAGUUGAAGAGGUUUUGAAAGACAUGAUCCAGCAGCUGUUUGCAGAACUAAAACAACCAGUCCCAGAAGGAAUGAGCUCAAUGAAUGCAAACAAGCUAAAAGUGAUAGUGAAAGAGUUUCUGUUAAGAAGGAGGUAUGUUAUUGUUUUUGAUGAUGUGUGGAGUAUUCGAGUUUGGGAAGCUAUUAAACAUGUGUUGCUUAAGGAAAAGCAUGGCUGCCGUGUCGUCAUCUCAACGCGUCUCAUGGAUGUAGCUUCUUCUUUUAGCAUUGAUACAAAUGGCUAUAUUUAUGAGAUGAAACCCUUGUCUGAAGAUGUGUCUUGGGUCCUCUUGUGUCGGAAGGCAUUUUAUGCAAGCUCAUGCCCAUCACAUUUAAGGGAAAUUUUAAAGCAAAUCUUGAAAAGAUGUGGGGGAUUGCCUCUUGCAAUUGUGGCCAUUGGUGGUGUUUUGGCUACAAAGAACAGGACCAACAUCAAUGAAUGGGGAGCCCUCUAUCACAGCCUUGGCCCUGAUUUUGAAGGCAAUGAUCAAUUUGAAAGCCUGAGAAUCAUUCUGCUUCUGAGUUUCAAUGAUCUGCCUCAAUAUCUUAAACUUUGCUUUUUGUAUUUGAGCAUCUAUCCAGAAGAUCAUUUGAUUGAGCACAACACUCUGAUUUAUCAGUGGACAAUGGAAAACUUUGUGAAGCAAAAAGAGGGAAGGACAGUAGAAGAAGUUGCAGAAGGCUACCUCAUUGAACUCAUCAACAGAAGCUUGAUCCUUCCUGUGAAGCUCAACGAUGAUGGAAGCAUGAAGCAGGGUCGAGUUCAUGACCUUUACCGGGAGAUCAUUCUUUCAAAAUCAAGAGAUCACAACUUCAUCGCCACAACAGAUGAAGAGACUGCAGCAUGGCCUGAGAAGGCUCGUCGCUUGUCAGUCCAUGGCACAUUGGGCAAUGUACCAAUGAAAAGGCAAGGUACUAAACUUCGAUCUUUGCUUACAUUUAAUGUGACAGAUUCUCAGUUCUCGUCACAUGUUGUUCAAAUACUUAGUAGCUGUAGGGUGCUCAAAGUUUUGGAGUUAAGAGGCACUUCUUUAGAAAUAGUUCCGGAAGAAAUUUUCCAAUUGCUUCACUUAAGAUAUCUAAGUUUGAGAAGUACAAAGGUUAAAGUUCUUCCAAGAUCAAUUAAGAAGCUCAGAAUGCUAGAGAUAUUGGAUCUCAAGCACACGUAUAUUACUGAGUUGCCGGGUGCAAUUUUAGAGCUUCAACAUUUACGUCACCUUCUAGUAUAUGGUACAUUACCAUAUUCAUAUCUACCUUAUGAUUGUUCACCCGGUUUUAAGGCACCACCAGGGAUAGGGAAGUUGAGAUAUUUGCAGAAACUUGCAUAUAUUGAUUUUAACCCUGGCAGUGGAGUAAUUGAAGAAAUAGGGAAACUGAAUGAGCUGAAGAGACUCUGCAUUCAGAAGUUGAGAACUGAAGAUGGUAAAGCCAUGUGCUUAUCCCUUGGAAAGCUCCACAAACUUCGAUCACUGAAUCUGAAAUCAAUAGAAGAAGAUGUGAUCCUAGAUGUCAAUUACCUUUCUUCACCUCCUCCUCUUCUUCAAAACCUUUACUUGACAGGAUCCUUGAGGAAGAUGCCACCUUGGAUAAAAUCUCUUCAUAACCUUGUCAAAGUAUACUUCCGAUGGAGUAAACUCGAGGAUGACCCACUCGAGCUUCUGCAAGAUUUACCUAACCUUGUCCAUCUUGAAUUUCUUGUGGGUUAUACUGGAGAAACUCUGCACUUCAAUGCAGGGAAGUUCCGAAGCCUAAGACUGUUGAAUCUGGAUAAGUUAGAAGAGCUAAGAUCCGUGGUGAUUGAUGAGGGUGCGAUGCCUCAUCUUGAGAGGCUAGUUAUUCAGAGGUGUAGUUUCAUGGAAAGGGUGCCAGUUGGAAUUGAGUGUCUCAUUAACUUGAAAUAUCUCGAGUUUUUCGACAUGCCAGAUGAAUUUAUCUCGUCCUUUGUUCCAGACAAACAAGGUGAAGAUUAUUGUAAAGUUUCACACAUUCCUGAGGUGUAUUGUACAUAUUGGAAAGAUGGCUUCUGGGAGGUGAAUUCACUAGAAGAGAAGCACGGGAGCAUCACCUCUCGAGGGCCUGGAAAUGCUGCUGCUAAGAUCACUGGGCGGCGCAACUCACUCUAGUCUCCAACUUUUGACAUAAACAUAAAGCUUGAUUAUCAUGCUGCAUUGCAGCUCCUAAUCCUGAGUUUUAUACUUGUAUUGUACAUAUACUUGGCAUUUUGUGCUCAUUUUUCAGUUCUAUUUUACAAGAUUGUGCUAUUUGCUGUUCUCUAAGAAAUAAGAAUGUAUGAUAUAUUGAAAAUGCAGUAUGGCUUGACUAUCACAAUACUGAAGCUAGAAUUUCGAA